AUGGCGGAACCUGACAAGGAGAUUAAGAUUGAGCCUGUCGUUGACGAGCACCGCGAGCGCAAAGCUUCCAUCUUCGACGAUGAGCAGAAGCGCCGGGAGAGCGUCGCACGCCUCACUGCCAACGUCGAGGGCGAGAUUCGCAACCCGCUUGUCGAUAUAUCCAAGGAGCAGCUUCUAGCCAAUGUCCAUGACUUUGCCAAGGAGCACCAAUUGGAAGACGUAGAGCCGCUUCUUGUCAAGGGCGCGCUCGUCGCGCAGUCUCCUGCUCUGUUUGAAGAGCUGGAAGAGCUCGACGAGAACGAUCGCAGCACGCUCCGCGAAGAGAUUACCCAUCGGUUCAAGCUACCCCGAACACUAUACUUCACCAUUAUUCUCAACUCGAUUGCAGCAGCGAUUCAGGGCUGGGACCAGACGGGAUCCAAUGGCGCAAACUUGACCUUUGGCCAGGCUCUCGGUAUCCCAGACUCUGGACCACAGUGCGAACAGGCCGGGACCUGCGAGAAGAAUGCCUGGAUCAUUGGCUUUAUCAAUGCGUGUCCGUACAUUGCCAUUGCCGUCUUUUGCGCUUGGAUUUCGGAUCCCGUCAACGAUUUGUGCGGCCGUCGUGGUACCAUCUUCAUUGCUGCCAUCUUCUCGCUCCUGGCUCCUUUUGGAAUGGGCCUGAGCCAGACAUGGGGCCAGCUCGCAGUCUGUCGUGUGCUACUAGGCUUCGGCAUGGGUCUGAAGGAAGUUACUGUCCCUGUCUUCUCGGCCGAAAAUGUCCCCGCUAGCGUUCGAGGCGGUCUCGUAAUGUCCUGGCAGAUAUGGACGGCUUUUGGUAUCUUUCUCGGUACCGUGGCUAACCUAGCUGUCAUGAACACGGGAAACAUAUCCUGGCGUCUGCAAUUCGGCUCUGCCUUCAUCCCCGCGGUACCCCUCGUAAUCGGCAUCUGGUUUGUCCCCGAGAGCCCUCGGUGGCUGAUGAAGAAGCGCAAGUACGCAAAGGCGUAUCGAUCCUUCCUUCGUUUACGAAACACGCCUCUCCAGGCUGCGCACGAUCUCUACUACACACACUGCUUGCUGGAGCAGGAGGAAGUCGUGAUUCGCGAGGCGGGCAUCAAUCCCAAGUCCAACUUCUUCACGCGCUUCAUCGAGCUCUUCACCAUCCCGCGUGUCCGCCGUGCCACGCAGGCCUCUGGAAUCGUCAUGAUUGCGCAACAAAUGUGCGGAAUUAACAUAAUAGCGUUUUACUCGGGCACUAUCUUCGCUGAAGGCGGUGCUUCGCUCAAGGAAGCUCUGAUUGCAUCGUUCGGAUUCGGUCUCGUCAACUUCACCUUUGCAUGGCCGGCCGUGUGGACGAUCGAUACCUUUGGGCGCCGGGGACUGCUUCUGUUCACAUUUCCCAAUAUGUUCUGGUCCCUGCUUGCAGCGGGCAUGUGCUACUAUAUCCCUCGGGACAGCUCGGCACAUCUGGGUCUAAUUGCCUUUUUUGUCUACCUCUUCGGCGCCUUUUACAGCCCCGGCAUGGGACCCGUUCCGUUCACGUACUCGGCUGAGGUAUUCCCGCUAUCUCAUCGCGAGGUCGGCAUGGCGUGGGCAGUUGCAACGAAUAAUUGGUGGGCGGCUGUAUUGGCGCUUACGUUGCCGAGGAUGCUCAAGGUGAUGAAGCCUCAGGGUGUUUUCGGCUUCUAUGCUGGACUCAAUGUGGUGGCUCUCAUCAUAAUUUUCCUCUGGCUCCCAGAGACCAAGCAGCGCACGCUCGAAGAACUCGAUUACAUCUUUGGCGUUCCUACUCGCAAGCAUAUGAAGUACCAGGCUGUGCAGAAUCUCCCAUGGUGGUUCAAGACGUACGUCCUGCGCCGCAAGGGGCUGUCUAAGCCUCAGCUGUACAAGUUUGCAGAUGAGCGCCCGCAGGUCAGCGUCACAGCUCAGAUGAGCUAUGCGUGGAACACUUAUAUUCUUCGGAAGAAGGGCCUAGCUAAGCCGGAUGCAUACGUCAAGGCGGCCCCUCGCGGUGAGAAGCAGGUGUGA